UCUGGUUCAUGCUUAGAACAAACUGGAAAAUGACGAACAUCACCGUUUCAUAACACUAUAUUUUGUGAAUGUGUGGGGCAGUUGGACACAUUUCAUGCGUGGAAAGAAAACACGUUUUAAACGUUUAAAUCAAAAUAAGAAAUUGUUACACGUGUAGUGGAAUGAAUGCAUUAAAUGCCAAGCCCUUAUGAGCUUUGAGCAAAAAAUAGACGAUCUAAAAUGUGUAUUGCUUUAUGCACGCGUUAGAACAGGUUAGAACGCAGCUCCCGCAUACUGUGUCUUUGUGUGUGGUUUAUGUCCCUUCCCGUGACCCGUACUGGCUGUAUCUCGAUUUGAGUCCCGCAGUGUAUCAGAAGAUGGCGGAAGCUCCCCCACGGCCCUGCCGGUUUUUCUGUCACCGAUGCUCGGAAGAGAUUAGUCCACGUCUCCCGGAAUACACCUGUCCACGAUGUGAAUCAGGUUUCAUUGAGGAAUUACCUGAGGAGACGAGUGCUGAGAAUGGUUCCUCCUCCUCCACAGCCUCUAGCAGUGAGCAGAAUCGUCCCACGUUUGAGAAUGUGGACCAGCACUUGUUUACGUUUCCACACGGCUACGGUCAGUUUGCGUUGGGCAUCUUCGACGAUGGCUUCAGCCUCACACCAGGUCUGCAACCGCCGGAGGACAACCGCGACGCUGAGAACCGCCGUGAAAGGGAGAUGGCGUCAAGGCAACGUUACGGCGCCCGGCAACCACGCGGGCGACACGUUCCACGAAGACAGGGGUCACGGGGGCACGAGGGUGUGCCCACUCUAGAGGGAAUCAUACAGCAAUUAGUGAAUGGAAUCAUCGCGCCAACUGCUAUGCCUAAUAUGGGCAUGGGACCAUGGGGCAUGCUUCAUUCCAACCCAAUGGACUACGCAUGGGGUGCCAAUGGACUAGAUGCCAUCAUCACACAAGUGAGUCCUCAGGCUUAUAGGCUAAUACUUGAAAACACGGGGCCUCCGCCAGCUGACAGGGAGAAGAUCAAGAGCCUCCCCACAAUCCAGAUCACACAGGAACACGUGGGUGCUGGACUGGAGUGUCCGGUAUGUAAAGAGGACUACGGCCAAGGAGAGAACGUCAGGCAGCUCCCCUGCAAUCACCUCUUCCACAACGACUGCAUAGUACCCUGGCUUGAACAGCAUGACACGUGUCCAGUAUGCAGGAAGAGCCUGAGCGGUCAGAACACAGCCACGGAUCCUCCUGGGUUAUCUGGAAUGAACUUCACCCCUUCGUCGUCCUCCUCCUCCUCUUCCAGCUCCCCCAGCAAUGAGAAUGCCACAAACAACUCCUAAAACAGGACAGACACACACACACACACACACACACACACACACACACACACACACACACACACACACACACACACACACACACACACACAA